GUCCCACUACUUUCAGAGAGGCUCACUUGAAUAUCUGCCUCCUGCAGUCGACACUAAUCAAGGGAUACCGUUGCUGAUCUGAAUUCAAGCAUUUAAAAACCAAGGAAUAUUCUAAUCUAGAUGGGUUUGAAAAAUUCUCACCCGUUACUUAUUCCUGGAGACAUCAUAGAGUUUCCCCGCACUAAAAAUCUGUCCCAUUUUGGAAUUUACUAUGGAGAACGAGAUGGUGUUCCUUAUGUAGCACACUUGACGGCAAGAGAGUCUGAUGCCAAAAUCCUGCUGUUUGGAAGAGCACUGAAGGCUGAGGUUAAAAUAGACCCCCUUUAUGUAGUGGGGGCAAAAUACAAAAUAAAUAACUACCUGGAUGGAAAACACAAGCCACGAGAUUACUAUGAAGUCAUUAAACCAGAGAUUGAUGAGGCAGUAGGAAAGCCGGUCACCUAUGAUAUCCUCUUCCACAACUGUGAGCACCAGGCAACACUUCUCCGCUAUGGAAUAAAAAAAUCAAUACAGAUUGAAUGCAUUUACAAGAAAAUAUAUCCAAUUUGGAAAGAAUGUUUUGAAAAAAAGAAACUAUAGGAAAGAACUAAAACGUUGACAGAAAAUUUUAACCCAAUUGAACACUUUGUAAAUAUAUUGUAUAUAUUUAUUUAAACGUACACACACACACACAC